AUGGCAACAAAUAAAAUUACUGAACCAAAAUUACCUGUUGAAAACAUAAAAGAAAUUGCUGAAACAUUAACUGAAUUUGAAUUGAAUAAUGGUGUAAUAAGUGCAGAUAAUCAAAAUGAAGAAGGAGCAGCCGUUGAUAAAUUUAAACAACGUCUUGACCGUUUUGGAAAAAUAGCACCUGAAGCAAAAAAAAUUUCUCGCGCAUUACGUUUUGGUACAUCACAUGAAGCAAUUGAUGGUACAGCUAAAAAACGACGUUUAGAAAGAUUUGGAGCUGUUCCUCAUUCAGCAGAAGAUGAACAACAAAAAAAACGUCUACGAGCUGAUCGUUUUCAUUUAAUUAAUUCCACAUCAACAGUCGAUGAAGAAACAAAGAAAAAACGUAUGGAUCGUUUUGGUGUUGUUACACCAUCUACAACUAAUAAUAAUAGUACUGCUGGAAAAUCUGCAUCAACUACUCCAGUUUUAUCUGAUACUAUUAAAAAAAGAGCUCAACGUUUUGGUAAUAUAUCUCAAGCAGCUAAAGCAACUACAAUAAAUGAACAAAAACUUAAACGCACUGAACGAUUUAAACCGAUCACAAAUGCUUAA